CAGUCAGUCAGCUCCGCGCAGCGGCUUCGUACGAUCGUACACUUACACAUACGCGAGUUUCGAGGUUAGGUCUCGAUCAUUUCUCAAAUACAAUACUUACACAUAGACGGAAUAAUGUACGGCGAGUCGAGGGAAAGGGAGGAAUUUCCCGCGGGCAAUAAUCCUUCAGCUCAGCAGCAGCAGCAGCAGCAGCAGCAGCAACAACAACAGAUUAAUGGUGGUAAUCCCAUGGCCUCGACGGCGGCUCUUGGACUGGAAGCCCUGCACAGCCUCUGCCGCGAAGUCUACCCGGAGCAGCUCAAUCCACUCACAGUCACCGCUGUGGUCAAGUUCUGGUUGGGUGGUCCCGAUCCCCUGGACUACAUCAGCAUGUACGAGAAUCCCGGCAAUCCGGAGCUCGGCGUCCCGCCACACUGGCACUACGUCAGCUUCGGCCUCUCGGAUCUCCACGGCGACAGUCGUCUCCACCCGCGCACGGGACCGGGUCAGCUAAGUGGUUUCGGCUUCGAGCUGACCUUCAGACUGCUCCGCGAACGCGGCGAGAAGACACCGCCAACCUGGCCGGCAAACGUCAUGCAGCAGCUGGCUAAAUACGUCUUCACCUCUAACAACAUGCUGAUGCCGGGAGAUUUCGUGUCCUGGCACUCGCCAUUGGACAAUAGCAGUAACGGUGGUCCUGGAGGCAAUCGUCCCAGUAGGAUCAAUCAGAUAUUGAUGGGACAGGAUCCGCAGUUCCCAGAGAUUGCUCAUACGCCACACGGCGAUGUAUCCUUCGUGCAGAUCGUCGGAGUGACGUCGGAAGAACUGCAGGCUGCGCAGCACUGGAACGGCUUGGGUGUCGUGAAUUUGCUGAAGGCAGCGCGGGGCUGUGGCCCUUGGUUACUUACCGAUAUGCGCAGGACUCAGUCCAUUAUGGAAGAAGAUCCGACCGUUGCCGAAAAAGUUCAGAGCGGUAUCGCGCGCGAGGGUUCCAAUCUCAGUGGCGUUUCUGCCAAGUGCUGGUGGGUGCAGAUGGGCGACAAGAGCACGCAAAAGUACCGCGAACAACGACAAGAAUCGGAUGAAGAGGACGACGGAGAGCUCGAACCUGAAGAAGAGAUAGACAUCAAGCCGAAUAUCAAGUCCGAGAGACUGUCCCCUUGCGAACAGGACGUGAAAAUGUCCGUCGAACAAGACAGCAACGGGCUCAAAACGCUUAUGGGUCUUCACCUUACUUUCAACCUUGAAGCUGGCACCCUCCUGCCUUUAGCGAUAAAAGGCAGAGUUAUGCACGGAAGACACUUCACCUUCAAGUCCAUCCUGUCGCACGCAGCCGUCACGCUGGUGCCGCCUUCGGUAACCGGGACCUUCGCAACCAAAGAGAAGCCUUACGCUGUUCAAGAUCCCUGGCUGCAAGUACUUUUGCCUGACGAAUUGACCGAGAGAAUGGCCCAGGAAUUCCAGGUGCUCAACGCUCCAGAGCAGCUCCAGCUACCAAAAACUUUCACCUGGCCUGAAUACAAGCUCGCCAUUACCAUUGUCAAUGACUGAGUAGCAAAGUAUUGCAAAAUAGCACACACCGUAUUCCGUGACUUUUAUACAGAUAGUAUGAAUUUUUAAACCGAAGAUAUAGAGCGGUUUCACUGGUGGAAUGAUGAUCUUUACUUAAACUUUGCAUGCGACGUGUUUUUAUGUUUUUUUUUUACUAUAUUGACUCAAUUUUCCUUUUACUCAAGGAAGGAUUGUAGGAAGUAAUUAAUUGUAUUAGCAAUUUUGCAUUGAGUCCGCGGUGUGUGCCUUAAAAAGAGAAAUAUAUCAAUCUAUCUAUCCAUCCAUCUACGAAUGCUCUUUUAAGUAAAGAUAAUUUCCGCCAGUGCGAAAUGAAAGUAUUACUAAAGUGGCCUUAUCGCGAAUGAAUUCGGCCUUUUGUAAUUUAAUUUAUUACUACUCUAUUGUAUCUCACACGUACUAUUUUUACUCUACUUGAUCAACGAUCAUAGACAAGACUUAUUUAUAUGAAGAAUAUCGAACCUUUUUUACAUGAAAUGUUCUCAAAUAUUAACCACAACUGUAGAAGCAUCAUAUUUUGUACUGAAAUUUUAAAGGUUUGUAAUUAUACGUAUUGUUAAUGACAUACUCUGCGCUAGAACAAAGUAUUUAACGAUGUAUAUAGGAUACGAUUUUAUAUUAUACACUGGGCGAAAUCUAUUGAAGAAGCGUUAGAUAAUAAAGCCUUGUAUAUAGCGUA